AUGCAUGAGCACUUGCGGCGGCCUCCACUGCCGGCGCGGUGCCUGCUCUUGGCCCCACGUUGUGUUCCUGGGGAGGGCGCCCCUGCUGCCAGCAUGUACGGCGGAGAUGAGGUGUCGGCCAUCGUGGUCGAUGUGGGCUCCCACACGUGCAAGGCGGGCUACGCAGGGGAGGAUGCCCCCAAGGCCGUCUUCCCCUCGGUGGUGGGGGCGGUGCCCGCGGGGCCCGCCAACGAUGGGGGCUCUGCACCCUCAGCAGCAGACGGCUCGCACCCCCCGCCGCGCAAGCUGUACACCGGAAUAGCGGGGCUGGGCUACAGGCGGGACCACAUGGAGGUGGUGCCCUGCAUGGAGGCGGGCCUGGUGGCGGACUGGGACGUCCUGGAGGCGCUCUGGGACCACGCGCUCAGGGAGCGGCUGCAGGUGGACCCCCGGGAGCACCCCAUGCUGCUGGCCGAGCCGUCGCACAACACCCCCGCCGUCCGCGAAAAGACGGUGGAGCUCAUGUUCGAGAAGUACGGAGCGCCUGCCCUCUUCCUGGCUAAGAACGCGGUGCUGACGUCGUUUGCGUCGGGGCGGCCCACGUCGCUGGUGGUGGACAGCGGCGGCUCCGGCACCACCGUGGCCGCCGUGCACGACGGCCUCGUCCUGCACAAGUCGGUGCUGCGGUCGCCCCUGGGCGGCGACCUGCUGACGCGCGCCCUCCAGCUGCUGCUGCAGCACCAAGGCGUGCAGGUCCGGCCUCGUUACUCGUUCAAGCGACAGGAAGUGCGGCCCGGGGAGUUUGAGGCGGUGGCGGUGCCUGCCCCCGGGACGACGGCCAGCUACGCAGCGUUCUCGCAGCAGGCCAUCACAGCCGACGUCAAGGAGGCCGUCUGCCGAGUCGCCGACGCCGCAUUUGACGAGGCGGCGUACGCCAACGUGCCGGGCAGCAGCUACGAGCUCCCUGACGGGAACGUGAUCGAGGUGGGCAGCGACCGCUUCAAGGUGCCGGAGCUGCUGUUCAACCCGGCGGGCAUCCUCCCGGGCGUGCCGGCCGGCGCGGAGCUGGGCCUGGACGGCGCGGGGCCGCUGGCGGGCGUGGCGAGCCUGGUGCUGGACAGCGUCAACAAGUGCGACGUCGACAUCCGGCGCGAGCUCUUCAACACCAUCCUGCUGGCGGGAGGCUCCACGCUGUUCAGCUCGUUCAAGGAGCGCCUGGAGAGAGAGGUGCAGGAGAUCGCCCCUCAGACGGCCAAGGUCAAAGUCACCGCCAGCAGCAUCAACGUGGAGAAGCGCUUCAGUGUGUGGAUCGGGGGCUCCAUCCUGGCGUCCCUGGGGACCUUCCAACAAAUGUGGCUCUCCAAGAGCGAGUACGAAGAGCACGGGGCACAAUACGUGCACCGGAAGUGCCCCUGAUUCGCCCCCUCACCCGUAGGGCAACUGAACUUCUGAUUGAAGCCACUCAUAAGCAACGUUCAGGCUUUCUUUUUAAGGGCAGGAAUCCUUGGAACUUUGCCUCAAAAGCCAUUGGGCUCCUCCCAUCAACUCGUGCCAAACUCGAAGCGGGGAAAAGACGGUAAUCAUUGGCUGGACCUGGUUCAAUGCCAAUGUGCCCUCAUGACACAGACGCGGUUUCGUCAGAGGUGUGCACAUGAAGUGCACAUGUAUGAGAACUGUGCUCACAAAGUUCUCAGCACAAUCGUAAGAACCGAACUCUUCCAGGCCAACCGUCCAGACAUGACUCAAAAGUGGACAAUCUAUGUAAUUCUCAGUUUCCUUACGAAUCUUGCAUGCCAUU